AAAAAAAAAUUUAAUAAAUGAAAAACAAGACUUAAACUAACCGUUCUAGAAAAAAAGGUACCGAAUUCAAAACCUGACCUGGAAAGAAGAAAAUAAAAAAAACUUGUCUCCCGGCAAAGUGACCACCCCCCUCUAUUACGUUUCCAGUGCACAACCUAUCACAUUGAAUUUUCCGUCAUCAGAUAACGUUUAUUGGCUUAUAGUUGAACAUUCUCAAUCCAAAGGAUAGUUGAAUAAUAAUUUGCAUACAAGCUGUAUAAAUACUGGGGCUCUGCGGCUGGUUACACAUUCAUUUUUGAAGUAUAUCAGCGGAGGAAACAUGCCAGAACCGAAAGCUGCACCAGCGCCGAAGAAAGGCUCCAAGAAGGCUGUUGCCAAAACACAGCCUAAGGCAGGAAAGAAGCGCAGAAAGACUAGAAAGGAGAGCUACGCUAUCUACGUGUACAAAGUGCUGAAGCAGGUCCACCCCGACACCGGCAUCUCUUCCAAGGCGAUGGGCAUCAUGAACUCCUUCGUCAACGAUAUUUUCGAGCGCAUCGCCGGGGAGUCGUGCCGCUUGGCUCACUACAACAAGCGCUCCACCAUCACUUCCCGGGAGAUUCAGACAGCCGUGCGCCUCCUGCUGCCCGGAGAGCUGGCCAAGCACGCCGUGUCUGAGGGCACCAAGGCCGUCACCAAGUACACCAGCUCCAAGUAAACCGAGACCGUCCCUGCUCCGUCUUUACAACACAAAGGCUCUUUUAAGAGCCACCUAAAAUAUCAAAAAGAGUUCAAUUUCUGUUCGUCGCACUUUUGAGGUUUUAAUGUUUGCAAAGGUACGUUUUUAUUUGAUUUGUUUAUUUUUAAGUUGUAAGUGGCCUUUUUAAAAAUGUACU